AUGGCAUCAAAAAUGAGUGAACGCCGAAGACAACGAAUGGCUGAAAAUUAUUUGGUUAUCUGGGUCGAUGGAAAUAUCGAUAUGGCAAAUGAAGAUUGCCAAAAUACACUCGCGCAAUUACGCGGUGUUGUUAAUGAAGUGAACCCAUGCACCACUGCCGAACAAUGUAUUGAAGAACUCCAGAAAAACAAUGAGGAGACAUCAUUUGUCAUCUCCUCAGGUGCAUUAGGUCAACACCUGGUACCAGAAAUUCAUGGCAUGCCAAAACUGGAUGCCAUAUACAUCUUUUGUGGCAACAAGCAACGUCACCAAGAAUGGGCUAAAAAUUGGCCCAAAAUUAAAGGUGUGCAUACAUCGAUCAAGCACAUCUGUAAAAAAUUGGCACUAGCUGUCAAACAAUGCAAUCAAGAUCAAGUAACGGUCAGUAUUAUCGGUGCCAAUGAAGGAGGUUCUAGCGAAGAUCUUAAUCAGCUAGAGCCUUCCUUCAUGUAUACACAAAUAUUCAAGGAAAUACUCCUUGAUAUGGAACAUGAUCAACAAGCCAUAAAAGAUUUGGUUAUUUUUUGCCAAGAACAAUAUCAAGGCAAUACCAAGGAACUCAAAUUAAUCAAAGAAUUUGAACGUACUUAUCGUCCAUCAAAAGCCAUUUGGUGGUAUACCCGCCAAUGUUUUACAUACAAAAUGCUCAAUCGAGCAUUACGAACAUUGGAUGGCGACAUUAUCAUUCGGAUGGGAUUUUAUCUAUGUGAUGUUCAUCGACAAAUUGAAACUUUACAUACCAAGCAAGUUAGUCAAUAUCAUGGUAAGACAUUUCUUGUUUAUCGCGGGCAGGGAUUAUCAAAGGUAGAUCACGAAAAACUCGUCAAAAGCAAAGGUGGACUCAUUUCAUUCAAUAAUUUUUUAUCCACCAGUAAAAAUCGAAAUGUGUCCUUAGCUUUCGCCAACGAAGCCUUAGGAACAGAAGGAAUGGUUGGCGUUCUCUUUCAAAUGACCAUCGAUCCCAUGGUCUCAUCGACUCCUUUUGCCUCCAUCAAGGAGGUUAGUGAUUUCGCACAAGAAGAAGAAAUUCUCUUCUCAAUGCACACUGUCUUUCGAAUCGGUGAAGUUCGAAAAAUUGAUAAAAAAAGUCCACUUUAUGAAGUGGAACUCAAACUUACGUCGGAUGAUGACCAACAACUUCGUCAAUUAACCAAUCGUAUACGAGAAGAGGUCGACGGCACUGGAUGGUAUCGACUGGGUAAAUUGCUGCUCAAAAUUGGUCAAUUUGGCAAGGCUGAAGAAUUAUAUACGGCACUACUAGAACAGGCAUCCGACGACAGUGAUAAAGCAUAUAUCUAUAACCAGCUCGGAUGGUCGAAAGACGAUCAAGGACAAUACAAAGAAGCAGCUUCAUUUUAUGAAAUAUCUCUCGAAAUUAAACAAAAAACUCUACCAGAAGAUCAUCCUUCAUUGGCUCCUACAUAUAGCAACAUCGGUUUGGUGUAUAAUAACAUGGGUGACUACUCGAAAGCACUUGAAUUUUACAAAAAAUCACAUAAAAUAAGAGAAAAAGCUCUGUCUCCGAAUGAUCCAGAUUUGGCUGCUUCUUACGGCGGUAUCGGAUACGUGUAUAACAACAUGGGUGACUACUCGAAAGCACUUGAAUUUUACGAAAACUCACAUAAAAUCUACGAAAAAGCUCUGCCUCCGAAUCAUCCCAAUUUGGCUAUUUCCUACAACAACAUCGGUCAAGUGUACAACAACAUGGGUGACUAUUCGAAAGCACUUGACUUUUUCAAAAAGUCACAAAAAAUCUUUGUGGAAACGCUGCCUGCGAAUCACCCUCAUCUGGCUUUUCCAUACAACUGGUUCGGAAAGAUUUAUCGCAGUAUGAAAGAUUAUCCAAAAGCACUUGAUAAUUUCGAGAAGUGUCUCUCAAUACGUCAGAAAGCCUUACCUGAAAAUCAUCCGGAUAUAGCUUUUGCAUUUAGUAAUAUUGGUGAUGUUCAUCGAUUAAUGGGUAAUUAUGAAGAGGCACUUGCAUUUCAGCAAAAAGCAUUAAAUAUUCAAGAAAAUGUUCAAUGUAAUCCUCUGGAAUGUGCAUUGACAUAUAUAAAUUUAGGUGAAACUUAUCGUGAAAUGAAAGAUUAUUCAACGGCAUUGACAUAUUUCGAAAAAGGAUUAGAAAUACGUGAGAAGAAAUUAUCAAAAAAUCAUCCUGAUUUAGCUGUUGUAUAUCAUAAUAUGGCAAAAUUAUAUUUGGCUACACGAAAAUAUAGUAUGGCAAUGAAAAAUAUUCAACAAACAGUUGAAAUAGCUCAAGAAAAAUUACCUUCAACUCAUCCUCAUCUUUUGGAAUAUAAAGGAACAUUUGAAAAAAUUCGAAAGAAAAUGUAA